UCCUCAUCUUGUUCAAUUCUAUCGCUUCUAGCUUAUUAUUACUUCACAUCACAAUGGGUGACCCGCCUGCGCACAUACUAAUGAGCUUAAUCGCUGCCUGUCACGCAUGCAAUAGCGAGACGCAAUGGGAUGUACGCUUUAUCGACAGUAUAAUCCAAGGAGGUUACGAUAUCAAUUAUAGCGUCGGCCACAUCGGAGGUAUCUUAGGCUUUGCUGUGGGAUCCGACAAACUUCCUUUGGUCGAGUAUCUCCUUAACCACGGCGCAGACCCUAACGCCAAUCUCUAUCGAGACACGUAUUCGGCACUCGAAUUAGCCGUAACCUCUAACGCAAGCUUGUCUAUCGUUUCUCUUCUGAUCGAUCGUGGAGCGGCUGUCGAACAGUGCAGCGCAGCUCUCCUCGCUGCCCGGGGAGGGCGUCUAGAUGUUUUGAAACACCUCAUUUCUUCUGGUGCUGGGAUCGAUUCUAUCCCCGACAAUGAGGAUGUGUACGAUAACGCCCGCGAGCAAGACGAUUGGGGCGCGCCGCUUCAUGGAGCUGCAGGGAAUGGUCAGGCCGAUUGUGUCAUAUGGUUACUUCAGGCAGGCGCAUCUCGUGACAUCAAAAACCACAACGGCUUAACCCCUAGGGAAGUGGCUGAAAAGAGAGGACAUGCACGGUGUGUGAGAAUAUUAGACCAGAACGGAAGAGAAGAUGGUUGCGUAGUUUCGUGAAGAUGGUGUUGG